CUCUGAGCAGGUGACGGAUAGGAGCGAUGAGAGGGAAAGACUGCAGAACUGAUCCUGAUCACCAAGGAGUGGGGCAAAGAAUCCUCUUCACAGGACCUGAUGGCGUUGGGAAUUACAGAGUCAGACUGUGUGAUUUCCCUCAUAGCAUCGGCAUCGGCGCCUUGUCCUCAGAGGCCACAGGGGAUUUAAAUUACCUCUUACGGCCUGCACCAUGUGCUCCAGCACCGCUGCCCAAGCACUGCUACGUUGGAGGAGUGGGAUGGGGCAUUGAGCAUGGCCUCAGACUCAAUGCCAGAACUUUACUCAGCAAUACACAGAUCAAGCGUUCUGAGUUUCGCUCGGCCAUGGAGGACAGGAUAUCUCAGAUAUUUCAGAACCCAUGGCAAGCGCCGACCUGCUUUUUGGACAGGCAGGAGUCGAGUGCCCGAGGGGACCAGAGUGACUGUGAGACCCACAGCCAGGACAGCAACAGCCAGAUCCUACUGAGCAAGAGAUGCUCAGCUCGGAGGAAAACAGCAGAGAAAACACACCAGAGUGGCUUCACCUUGCCAUCCAUAGCAGGAGGCAACACUUAAAAAAGCAUCCACAAUGAUGUGCACUUGGUAUCUGGAGUGUUUUAGUAUACACUGUGCUUGUUUCACUAUGCUUUAUGAUCUUUUAUG